AUGCCGAGUGCCACUGUUACAUCUGUCAAACAUCGUAUUGAGGAGCAAUUCGAUCAUGGCGAACAAAAGAACAAAUCGAAGACACAAGCCGCAGUUGAUUUUGCACAGCAGGCUGAGCGUCUCGGACAAUACACACCAGGCCAAGAAGAUGAGGGCACUGGUUCUACGCAAGCGGUCGAAGCACGGUUCAUAACGCCGCAAGACCCUGUUAUCGAAACUGCUGAUGGUCAUCGCCUACCUGCUGUUCCUCUUGAAGAAGCGACGAAACUCAAUGAGUUGCGGGACAUCAUCGACGACCGUGAUCCCGCUCAGAAAGAACCCCUGGAGCCACGGCUGCGCGAAGCCAAAGAUGGAACAGUACAUGGGCUUCUUCCGAAAGAAGCAGAGAUGAAGGGUGAGGGAAAAUCCGAUGUUGCCCUGGGCGAUGCGAAAGCACCAUGGAAGACGAAUCCUCUGUUUCCACCUCUCCCCAUGUACGGACCACCAACGCUCAUGAGGAAGUACCAAUGUUGGUUUUUUCGAGUAUCCUCGGGUGUCCUGUCAUUCUUGUUCCUUCUCGUCAUUGUCUUAGGCGCUGGUUUUACGUCUCUCCCUGGCAUGUGCAAGCACCUAUUCCUGCUGCUCACUUUCCGCGAUCCUGAAAAGCGAAGACCAUUCUAUGAAGAGGAGAUCAAGCGGAAGCAAGCGAGAAAAAAGGCAGAAAUAGCAUGGAGGAAACGAGACACUAUGCCGUCAGCGAAGAAGUUGGAGAGCGGAGAAGAUGGCGGAACGACGGAUGCAUUUGAACCAUUAGAAGGCGGUCCCGAUCCUCUGGUGUGCGAUGUGCGACACUACGCACGCAGGGUGGGACUGGAUUGUGAGAUUUUCGAUGUCCAGACUGAAGACGGCUUCAUCAUCGAACUUUGGCAUCUUUACAAUCCUCGCGACUACAAACGCACAAAUUCCGCUCAGCGCUCCCCACAUUCACCCGAGCUUUUUCCAGACGAUGGUACGCAUGUCGCCGGCUCGCAAUACGAGGAAGGUGAAAAGAAGUACCCUGUGCUUAUGAUCCACGGACUGUUGCAAUCUGCUGGUGCAUACUGCACCAACGACGACGAUAGUUUAGCUUUCUUCCUCGCAAAAUCCGGAUACGACGUUUGGCUUGGAAAUAACAGGUGCGGUUUCAAGCCCCGCCACAGCACGCUACAAUACGGAGACCCGCGCAUGUGGGCGUGGAAUAUCCGUCAAAUGGGUGUCAUGGAUUUACCUGCCCUCGUCUCUCGCGUACUUUCAGAAACCGGGUUCGAAAAACUAGGUCUCAUUGCACACAGCCAGGGCACUACACAAACCCUUGUGGCAUUAGCCAAAGAACAACGACCCGAGAUUGGCGAGAAGAUAUCCGUUUUCUGCGCUCUGGCACCUGCUGCCUAUGCUGGUCGUCUGAUUGGUAAAGCGCAGUUCAAGUUCAUGCAGGUAAUCAGCCCAAACAUGUUCCGCACUGUUUUCGGUAUCCACGCGUUCAUUCCCUUCAUGAUGAUCAUGCAUGGACUACUUCCGGGCAGAUUCUACGGCUCCAUGGGAUACCGUGUCUUCGCCUUCCUGUUCAACUGGACAGACGACCGCUGGGAGCGUGAUCUGCGGAACCGCAUGUUCCAGUUCGCCCCCGUCUACGUCAGCGCAGAAAGUAUGAGAUGGUGGCUCGGACGCGAAUGUUUCGCCAAGCAAAAAUGUAUCUUGGCUACGAGGGAAGAGAAGAUUAUGGAAGAUAGGGAGGACGAAGAGAUGGAGCACAAGAAAGUUGAUGCGAAUGACCAGUCUCACGAUUCGGAUAAGGAGGAUCAUGAUGAGCGGAAAGAUGCUGAGCGAUACGCAUGGUACGGUCCGCAAACACCUCCUUUCGCACUAUGGGUCUGUGGCUCCGACGAUCUGGUAGAUGGCCGUAGUCUACUACGUCGUUUUGAGCGCGGGAGAGAGCCGUAUGUUGAUAUCGUACACUCAAAGGUUAUUGAGGGGUAUGAGCAUCUUGAUGUUAUUUGGGCCAUGGAUGCCAUUGAAAAGGUCGGCAAAGAGGUUAGAGAGAUUAUUUGGAAGACGGCAUCUGCAGAUGCCCGUAAAGUGUGCAGGACGCCAAAGGGGUGUGAGGAUAUCCGGGAUUUCUACAGCAAGAAUGGAACUCGUGAGAGUGCGACGCGGGAGAUCGAUGCCUCUGCGGGGGAAUGGAGCAAUAAGGGCAAGGAGUCGGUGGCCGAUGGGCCUGGAGAGUAA